AUGGAUGAUGAUAAUAAAGCUGGUCCAAGCGGAUAUUCCGUGCCGAAGUGGCGGAAUAAAAGAUUGACAUCUGCCGAGUUGAGAGCCGCCCUAGAUGAUUCGGAAUCGGAAGAGCCAUACACUGCGUCUGACGAGGAUGAAUAUGUGCCGGAACCGGAAGCUAUGGAUUCUGAAGAGUCAGAUUCAGAAAAAAAAAUUCUGUAG